UCUCCUAUCUUAAUCAUCAAAAAAUACACGGUCGCAGCCGUUCCAUUUGACCUUCGGCCAAGGCUGUUCCCAUCUGUUACGAACAAUUCAUCGCCUGGUGAAAAUCUGAUACCAGUCCGAAUUGACUGUUUCAGCUUCCCCACCCUAAUAUCGAAGCCAAAUGGCUUGUGUCGGCGUGCGCUCCCUUUAAGAUGUCAAGCUUUCAAUCGCCGCGUUCUAGUUCACACGAUGGAUUCGUCUGCUUGAUGGUUAUAUCCAUAACACCCCCCCCUCCCCCCAAGAGGCCCAUUCUGCCUUAAUUAUCUCUCAACCCUACUUUUGCAGAAAGCAAUUCUUGUCUAGGUUUCAAGAACAUACUCGAUGGCUGAAAGUUCGCAGGAAGUUCUAGAGCUGCUCCAACUCGCUCGAGACGCACGUUCUACAAGCUAUGCUACUCUGUCCGGGCUUGCUCUUCUACUCUUUGAUCAUGUUCUGACUUUCCAGCAGGAGGUGGACCUCUUCUGGAAGGGGCCUCUGAGUUUAACCAAAAUACUUUAUCUAUGGAAUCGUUACUUCAGUCUCAUAGCCCUCAGUAUCGACGUUGCAAUCCACAUGAGUGCCAUUUCCUCCAAUUCAAAUAGAUGUGAAGACUACCUCCAGGUUCAAGGGUCUCUUGCGACCGUCAUCACUGCAACCGUCGAUUUCGUACUGGUUCUGAGAGUCUGGAUUCUCUAUCACAGGAACCGCACAAUGCUAUACGUGCUCGUCUUCUUAUUUGCCUCCGAGGUUAUCGCCAUGGAAAUUAUUUCGGUCUACUCCGACCUGCCGUUGAAAGAAUAUGCUCAUCUUGGCUCGACCAUCACGGGCUGCUAUUCCUUGACUGUUCCCAAGUAUUUCAAGGUCUAUGUGGUCCCAUCUCUCAUCGUGUCAGCUAUCAUGUUCGCUAUGACGGUGUAUAAGUGCGGGAUGUCCUUGAAGGGAUAUAGGGGCGCAACCAUGCCACUGAUCACUCUCUUCUUGCGUGAUGGCGUCUUAUGGUUCCUUGCGGUGGUCGUCAUCCUCGUCACCGAUAUUCUGAUCUGGUCUCUAGCAAGAGCCACACUGGCUGAGCUAAUGAUAGGACUCUCCUGCGCUCUCUACUCUGUCAUUGCUAGCCGUGUUCUCCUUAACAUCAGAAGCGUCAUGACGGUGCAAGUCGUAGAAUCGGGAAUUCCGAGGACGGGCGACACGGAAUUAGAAACUAUGACCUUCCAAGCCGCACCCGGUGUGGACCACACUGUGUCCACGGACACAUACGUUGAGACCUCCUUGCCAGAUUGACGUGAAGAGCAGACCAGAAGCUACUGUACAUGUCCAACACAAGGUUUUGUCGUAUGAUCUACACUCGCUUUGGCUCCUACCCUGUUAUACCCCUACAGUCAUUCUAUCGUCGCGAGCGGUCGUGCAGUAGUCUCUAGUGUAUCGGUCAGCGAGCUCGUGUAUACAGAG